AUGUCCUGCAGCGCGGCGGACGGGAAUGCUGCGGAGCUCCCCAAGAAGGGGGGCUUUCCUAGACAAGACAGAAGCAGCAGCAGCAGCAGCAGCAGCAGCAAAGUUGACUUCUUGACUGCUGCUGCUGCAGCAAGACCCGAAGGCCGUUUGCUGCUUCUCGAAGCAGCAGUCCUCAGGGGGGAGUACAACGAGGUGUACAGACACCUCAGAAGACUGGAGCCCCUAUUCGUGCAGGCAGCAGCAGCAACAGCAGCAGCAGCAGCGGCAGCAGCAGCAGCAGCUGCAGCAGCGGACAGAGGAAGUGAAGCCGCAGCAGGUGCCGCUGCCGCAGCAGCAGAGACGCCCGCAGCAGUAGCAGACUCACCAGCAGCGGCAGCAGUAGGAGCAGCAGCAGAUGCACCAGCAGCAGCAGAUACAGCAGCAGCAGCAGCAGCAGCAGCAGAAGAGCUUGCUUUCUGCUUCCUGUCUGCUGCAGUGGAGACAUGUGGGGCCCUAGGGCGCCGCGAAGAGCAGCAGCAGUGGCUGCUGCGUUUGCUGCAGCAUAGCGGACUGAUUUCCACAGCCAGCAGCAGCAGCAGCAGCAACGGCAGCAGCAGCAGCAGCGUUAGCAGCAGCAGCAGCAGAGGUGUGCGCCUCUGCCUGGAGGCAGCAGCAGCAGCAAACAAUGCUGCUGCUGCUGCUGCAGUGGACGCCUGGUACGUGUGGCUGAAGGCCCGCCUGCAUGCAGAAGACUUCAGGGAGGUCAGCAGCAAACUUGCUGCUGCUGCUGCACCUUUGCUGCGGUCUCUCCUGGGCUCGCUGCAGCUCAAUAAAGCAGCAGCUGCAUCAGCACCUGCAGCAGCACCUGCAGCAGCGCCUGCAGCAGCAGCAGCAGCAGCAGCAGGGGGGAAAGCAGCAGCAGUGCGUUCGCUGGUUGAGUGGUCGGACAGGCCGAUAUUCUUCGGGCUGCCGCUGCAGCAGCUGCAGCAGCGGCAGCAGCAACUGCUGCUGCUGCAGCAGCAGACACGAUCAGCACGCCGCCAAGCGCUGUUCGUCGAGGGUCUCGCUGCUGCUGCACUGCUGCUGCAGCUGUGUGGCUUCAAAGCGGCAGCAGCAGUGCUGCUGCUGCAGGCCCGAGAGCUGCUGCUGCUACCUUCCCCCUGCAGCAGCAGCAGCAGCAGCAGCAGCAGCAUCGCCAGGGACUCGUCGUGGGUCCUGGGGGUCCCCAGCGGCAGCAAGGCCUAUCCCGCGUUGCAGCUGCUGCACUGCUUGCUGCAGCAGGCAGCCCCAGUGGCAGCAGCCCCAACCCAAGCAGCAGCAGCAGCAACAGCAGCAGCAGCAGCAGCAGCAGCGCCUGCAGCAGCAAGAAGCUGCUACGCCUGUUUGCUCUUCAUAGAUAUGGAAGGGGCCCUCAGUGACCCCAGAAGUCUUCCUUCUCUUUCAGGGCCAAUUCCUUUGCUGCUGCAGGAGCAGGAGGGAGCAGCAGCAGCAGCUGGCGCUGCUGCUGCUGCUGCUGCUGCGCUGCAGACGCCACAGGCUGCUGCUGCGCUGCUGUCGCGGCUGCUGCUGCAGCCCCUCAUCCCUCACGAGGCCUGCGGGGGGUCUUCUUGGGGUUUGCUGCAGCGGCUGCUGCUGCUGUCGCGCGAGCUGCUGCUGCUGCAGCAGCAACAGACGUGUUUAGCCCUCGGGGAGGGACUGCUGGGGGGCGGCUGCCUUGCUGCUGCUGCUGCUGCGGCGCUGCCCGCGCUGCAGCAGCAGCAGCAGCAGCAGCAGCAGCAAGUGCCUGCUGCUUCCUCGAGGCUCAGGUCUUUCAGCAGAGCCUUCAGCAAGACUGUAGGCAGAGGGGCUUCCCGCGAGGACUACCGGCGCAGCGGCAGCAGCAGCGCAGCAGCAGCAGCAGCGCAGCAGCAGCAGCAGCAGCAGCAGCAGCCGCAGCAGCAGAAGUCUCUGCGGUUCGUGUGGACCAAGCCUGAGCUGGCAGCAGCGCUGCUGGAAGCAGCAGCAUGGAGUCUCUUCGACGAGCAGCUGCUGGGCCCCUGCUGCAGCGGGGGAGUGCAGCAGCUGCAGCAGCUGCAGCAGCAGCAUCAGCAGCGGAAGACACGGGGCUUGCUGCUCAGCUCGCCUCUUGCUGUGCUGCUGCAGCGAAGGGACCCCCACGAAGAGCUGCCGCGCCUGGCGGAAUUUGUUGCUGCUGCUGCCUCGCAGAAAAGCUCCGCGAGCAGCACCCCAGCAGCAGCAGCAGCAGAAGCAGCAGCAGCAGCAAGCAGCCCAAAGGGUGGCGGCAAGAGCUCAGGCAUUUUGGAUCCUUCUGCUGCUGCUGGCGGGGCCACAGAAGUGCCUUUGCUGCUGCACCAGGGUCUGCUGCUGCUCAGCAGCAGCGGCAGCAGCAGCAGCAGCAGCAGCAGCGUUGCUGGCCGCAGCCUGGGGGUGGUGCUGCAGCUGCUGUGGCUGGUGGAUGGCCUGGGGCUGGCGCUGCUGCCAAAUGCAUGCAGCAGCAGCAGACACAAUUGCUGCUUGCCGCUGCAGAAGUGCACAGAGAAGCACAAGAGAGAGUUGCUGCUGAGCAGGGGCCCCUGCUUCCCGCUGCUGCUGCAGCAGCUGCUGGAGGGGGCCCUGCUGCUGUGUCUUUGCUGCGGCGCAGCAGACGCAGCAGCAGCCAGGGCCUACGAGCGCCUCGGGCUGCUGCUGCUGCUGCAGGGGGACCUCAGGAGAGCAGCGGCUUGCUGCUGCUUGUCGCUUGCUGCUGCUGCUGCUCCCCGCCGGCCCUUUUCCUCUCCAGACUCCCCUUCAUUGAUGUCUGCUGCUGCAGUGCAGCGCAGCUUUGCUGCUCGGCCCCACUGCAGCAGCAGCAGCAGCAGUCAGUUUGCGUCCGCCUGCUCGUUCUCCUAUGCUUUUGUUAAACUCAUGCAGCAGCAGCUGCUGCUGCUGCAGGGGCAUUCGAACGCAGCAAAGUACGAGGCGCUGCUGCUCCUGUGGCAGCACCGCUCUGCUGCUGAGCUCCUCGUGCGGCAGCGUGCAGCAGCAGCAGCAGCAGCAGCAGCACAGGCUAACGGAGAUGAAACGCCCUUCCCGCUGCAGCCCCCAGCAGCAGCACGCCCAAGGCCAGGAGCUAUGCUGGCAGCAACGCUGCAGCCUCAUGACCCGCAGCAGCAGCAGCAGCAGCAGCCUACGCUAAGCCCAAACGCCGCCAGAACAGCGUUGCAGCCGCAGCAGCAACAGCAGCAGCAGCAGCAGCAACAGGCGCAGUCGGACGAGCAGGACUGCAAGCAGCAGCAGCAGCAGCAGCAGCAGCAGCGACAGCAGCAGCAGGAGCAGCAAGAGCACCACCUGCGUCAGCAGCAAAGACAGCAGCGGCAGCAAGGACAGCAGCUGCGGCGCGGCUGCUGCGGCAAGCGGGAGCUCUUCCGCAGCAGGAGCAGCAGCAGCAGCACCGCCAGCAGCAGCAGCGGGUGA